AUGGUCAAUGAUUUUUAUAAAAAAGCUCGGUCUAUACGUGACAACCAUCAUCAUAUAAAUAUUCAGGUUUACUUUAUAAACUUCAUCGCUUUGAAAUUUGAAUUAGUAAUGAAGUUGAAUGAAUUAAGAGACAGAACAACUAAAAACAAGAAGAAAAUAGUAGAUUUGGAACAACAAUUUCAAGACCCUAAAGAUAAAGUUGGGACUUCAAAUAUUGACCAAACAGAGGUUAUCAAGAGAGACUUUCAAAUUGCUGAUUUGGAGAAAAUGGUUGCUGCGUUGAAAGACCAGAACACUCAACUUGAUGCUGCUAAUAAGGAUAUAAAAAAGCAAUUGAAGACGCUUCGAAGAUUGAGAAUUAUAAAUCACAGAUUAAGGCACUUGAAGCACAAAAGAAGAAGACUUUGA